AAAUAUUGGAGGGGCAUAUUGGUAAAAGUGAGUUGAAGCGCUUGCUAUUUGAAAUGAAAUCUCUCUGCAAAUCAACAAGCACAUGGUAAACUAACAUCUUGAAUUCUACUAGUUUUCUUCUCUUCCAAGCCUAGCCAUGGUUCUCGAGGCGACUAUGAUAUGCAUUGAUAACUCAGAAUGGAUGCGAAACGGCGAUUAUUCACCCUCUCGAUUUCAAGCACAAGCUGACGCCGUUAGUCUUAUUUGUGGAGCUAAAACCCAGUCUAAUCCGGAGAAUACGGUUGGGAUUUUGACUAUGGCGGGCAAAGGUGUACGUGUAUUGACUACUCCUACUAGUGAUCUCGGCAAAAUCUUGGCUUGCAUGCACGGUCUUGAAAUGGGGGGUGAGAUGAACCUAGCAGCUGGAAUUCAGAUUGCUCAGCUGGCCCUUAAGCAUCGCCAAAACAAACUUCAACAUCAAAGGAUUAUAGUUUUUGCUGGAAGUCCCAUUAAGUAUGAAAAGAAGGUCCUGGAGAUGAUAGGAAAGAAACUGAAAAAGAACAGUGUAGCUCUUGAUAUUGUUGACUUUGGUGAGGAUGAAGAUGGAAAGCCAGACAAGUUGGAGGCUCUUCUUGCAUCUGUUAAUAAUAAUGACAGUAGUCAUAUAGUUCAUGUUCCUCCUGGUCAAAAUGCACUUUCUGAUGUGCUCAUCAGCACACCUGUGUUCACUGGGGAUGGGGAAGGAGGAGGUGGCUUUGCUGCUCAUGCAGCAUCAGUAGGUGUUACUAAUUUUGAUUUCGGAGUGGAUCCAAAUAUAGAUCCAGAGCUGGCUCUUGCCCUAAGGGUUUCCAUGGAAGAGGAGAGAGCAAGGCAAGAAGCUGCUGCCAAGAAGGCUGCCGAGGAAUCUUCUAAUCCAGAAAAAGAAGAGGAAGUGCAACCACAGUCCGAUUCGCAGCAUGCAACUGAACAAGUUACUGAUCCCAUGGAUGAGGAUGAUGCUUUGCUAAAGCAUGCCCUUGCAUUGUCGAUGAAUAUCCCAGGAUCUGAUUCUUCUGCGGGUGAUGCUGAGAUGUCUGAGGCUACCAAUGAUCAGGAAUUGGCCAUGGCACUUCAGAUGUCGAUGCAGGACAGUUCAAAAGAUCAAUCAUCAGAAUCAGAUGUGAGCAAGGUGUUGGGAGAUCAGUCUUUUAUGUCAUCCAUCCUUUCAUCACUUCCAGGAGUCGACCCCAAUGAUCCAAAUGUAAAAGAUUUGUUAGCAUCUUUGCCGGGUCAAUCUGAGUCGCAAGAAAAGAAGAAUGAAGAUGAGCAACCAAAAGAUGACAAGUGAAGACGUGCUGAAGAAGGGCCAGAGACUUUAAAUUGUGGUAUCAAUCCUAAUCUACCUUCCUAUUGCUAUAAUGGUUGACGUGUUUAUCAAUUUUUAACUCGGUAAAGAGUUAUGUUACUCCACACACACAGCCACACACAAAACAGGCACUUGAAAUAGACGAGUUUGUUAAAACCUUUGCAGUGGACUCGGUUGAACGUUUUCCUUUUUCUUUCUGGUCUAGCACUCGAAAGAUCGAGUGUAGGAUUAAUAUGUUGACAUUCAUGUCUCUAUUUUUCAUUUCAUUAAAAGUGGGGAAAAGAAACGGAUGUGUUGGUGACUUUUAUUAUAUGACAGACUAAUUUCAAUGA